AUGGCCGACAGCGUCCUGUCCGAGCAGGAAAUCAAACACUUCCGAGAGGCAUUUGCACUCUUCGAUAAGAACGGCGAUGGCGAAAUAACAGCCGAGGAGCUGGGCGCGGUGAUGCGAUCUCUGGGGCAGAACCCCAGUGACUCCGAACUGAAAGACAUGAUCAACGAGGUUGAUGUCGACCAGACUGGCUCGGUCGACUUUUCCGAGUUUUUGCAGAUGAUGGCGCUGAAACUUAAAGACACCGACGAGGAGCAGGCUCUGUAUGAGGCUUUCCGCGUGUUCGAUAAGGAUGGCAGUGGCACCAUAUCAGCUGAGGAACUCAAGGCGGUCAUGAAGACUCUGGGGGAGGAUCUGUCGGAUAAGGAGCUGGAUGAGAUGUUGAAGGAGGCCGAUACUGAUGGGGACGGAACCAUUGAUUACAAGGAGUUCGCAGCAUUGAUGAGCCAGAAGUAG